GGAGCAGGGCCUGGGCAGCGGCGGGGCCGUAGGACCUCUCGCGGUGUCCGCGGGCGCCGGGGCGGGGGCUCCAGCGGCGAGGCCCCCUCCCCGGGGAGGCGGGGCCUGGGCGAGCUCCCGUGUAGGGAGCGGCGGGCCCGGGAACCAUGCAUCAGAAGCUGCUGAAGAGCGCGCAUUACAUCGAGCUGGGCAGCUACCAGUACUGGCCGGUGCUGGUGCCCCGCGGCAUCCGCCUCUACACCUAUGAGCAGAUCCCCGUGUCCCUCAAGGACAACCCGUACAUCACCGACGGCUACCGGGCCUACCUGCCCUCCAGGCUGUGUAUCAAAAGUUUGUUUAUUUUAUCUAAUGAGACGGUAAACAUCUGGAGUCAUUUGCUGGGUUUCUUUCUCUUCUUCACCCUGGGAAUAUAUGACAUGACAUCUGUGUUACCUUCGGCAAGUGCAUCCAGAGAAGAUUUUGUAAUUUGUUCCAUCUGCCUUUUCUGCUUCCAGGUGAGUCAUUUCACAACCACUGUAUUGACAAAAUUCUUUCAGGCAGGCUUGGGCAGGUUGACCUUACUUCAGACCUAUCGCUUAGUUUGA